CAUCGAAGGAGUAGGACCUCUGUCGCUUCGCUCCGCACAAAGACUCUAACUUUAGUGUGUGUUGAACAAUAAAAACUCUUCAAAAUGUUUAAAAAUACCUUCCAGAGUGGAUUCUUAUCGAUAUUAUACAGUAUUGGAAGUAAACCACUGCAAAUAUGGGAUAAACAGGUUCAAAAUGGACACAUAAAAAGAAUAACGGACAAUGACAUCCAGUCGCUAGUGUUAGAAAUAGUUGGAACAAAUGUUAGCACAACAUACAUCACAUGUCCAAGUGAAAAAUCAAAAACAUUGGCCAUAAAGCUCCCUUUCCUUGUUAUGAUAAUCAAGAAUCUGAAGAAAUAUUUCACAUUUGAAGUUCAGGUAUUAGAUGACAAGAGUGUGAGGCGACGAUUCCGAGCCAGCAACUACCAAAGUACGACGAGAGUAAAGCCAUUCAUUUGCACAAUGCCCAUGAGGUUAGAUGAAGGUUGGAAUCAGAUCCAGUUCAACUUGUCAGAUUUCACACGCCGUGCAUAUGGUACUAACUACAUUGAAACGCUCAGAGUGCAGAUUCAUGCCAAUUGCCGCAUCCGACGAGUGUACUUCUCAGAUAGAUUGUACUCAGAAGACGAAUUACCUGCAGAAUUCAAAUUAUAUCUACCUGUACAGAAGAAGUAAAGUGUUUGUAAGCUAGUUAAAAACUUGACUUUUGAUCAUUUCGAACUUUGGAUUUCUACUCGCAAAUUUGGUGGAGAAAGAAAGUUACUUUUGUUGGAUAAUAUUGCUGGAUAGUCAUCUUGUUUUGUUUCUAUGAUUUAUGUUCUACUUUGGGAUGAAGAAAACUUUCAGUGAUGACAUGAACGUUACCAUGACAACAAGGUGGAUAGUGGUAUCUAAAAAAAUUCUCAAGAGUUAAUCGACGGAUAUGCACAGUUUCAUGAAAUCAUUAAGUCAUUCUCAUUGUCAUAAAGGGCUUCAUUCAUUGUCUGUAAUUGUUGAUGUGAUACCAGCUGUGUAUCCGUUUUGAUAAAAACCAUCGGCAUCAUCAUCUGUAAGAAAACAUUACAAACUCUACAAACAUGGACAACUCUGUAUAUAGGUGGCACACUUUAGUGUUAGCCUUGUAAUAUAUUUUUAGUAGUCAAGUGAUAUGCGAAAGAUCUUAGUUCUCAAGUCAUUUACACCAGACAUAAUCGUGCCUUGUGCUGUAUGUGCGUACACUGGGUGCUGACUCUAACCUCUGCAUUGCUGUGGAUGUUGAAAUUGCUGAAUGAACUGCAAAUGUUCAUCCAUUUUGGGGUUGUACGUGUACUAUUUGCAGUGCUAUGGAAUGUUUACUCAAGAUUGUGCUACCAAGUUUUGUGAUGUGCAGGGUCUAUGCCAGAGUACAUUUUAUGUACCACCGAAGGAGUUGAGAUUCCAGAUAAGCGUACCUUCAAAACAAUUCCUGGCUGAAAUCCAAUGUGAUCUUUCCAUUUUAGAAAAUGUACUUCUUUGUAAGCAAGUUGUUUGACAUCAUUACACUGCUCAUAAUCAUAAAAAUAAACCAGUUUAAACUUUUCUGACAAAAAUUAUUUGCUUACAAGAGUUCUUUAAUAUCAUUGCAAUGGCGUACAUGUACUUUUCAAUUAGGAUGAUGGGUGAGGGGAAAUGGGGAUUUCAAAUUACGUUUGCAAGAAAAUCUGACAGAGAUGAUCCUACGGUGUUAGUUUGUUCAGCAAUGCAGAGGCUGGAGAUUGGUUUAUGAUCUGGGUAAAGCUGCAAUAUAUCCCAAAGUCUUGGCUUGGUUGGUGUGCAGAUCACCGUCUGGUCUCCACACAACUUCUCCUAUGAAAUGCACAAGUAUUUUACAGAUCAUGUACUGUUCGCAUUUUCAUAAAGCUAUUUAAAAUGUUGUACAUAACGAUUUUAAUUAGUUAAAAAAUAAAAAAUAUGUACAUUUA